AUGGAAAAUAGUGAUAACGAACAGCUCUCUGAUAUUGACGAUGAUGAAAGGACUGCUAUUAAGGAAGAGUUAUCAACCAUGUCCUUUGAAGAUCUCCAGAAGUUAAAAGAGAAGGUUGGUGCUAAAGUUUAUAAAGAGGUUGUAUUUGGCACAAGUAAUGUUGAACUAAAGCCUAAGGUGUUUAAAAGGGAGAAUAAAAAUAGACCUAGGGAAGUGAGUUCCAAAAGACCAGUAAAAAUGCAUCUUGAUAUUGGCUCUGUGAAAAAGAUAGAGGCCCGUGAUCCAAGGUUUGACCCAUUAUGUGGAACUUUUGAUAAGAAACAAUUUUCUCAAGACUAUGGUUUCCUAUCUGAUAUGCAAGUUAGUGAUAUGAAAGCUAUAAAGGCAGAAUUAAAACUAACCACAGAUCCUGAAAAACAAAUUCAGUUGAAGCGUCUGUUACAAAGGCUAAAGGAUAAGAUAAGAACUAACAAGAAUGAUAGGAAAGAGAAAGAAAGAAGAAGUAAAGAGGCACAGCAAGUAGAAGAACAGUUUAAGCAAGGGCAACAACCACACUUUAAAAAGAAAUCGGAAAUGCGGGUUGAAUCACUAGUAAAGCAAUAUGAAGAAUUAAAGAAGGAAGGUUCUAGCCGAAUACAGAGGCAUCUUAAGCGAAGACAACAGAAGAUCAAGAAGAAAUCUUUCAAAACUCCAAUUGGCGUUGAUUAA